AAAAAGGACUGCAGCGACUUUAAAGCGGCGUGCUGUUGGCGCAGACUGACUGACAGCUGGAGGCUCCUACCACAGAUCUUUCACCAUGACGGCAGAGGAGACGAUCAGCAUCAAGGAGGCAGAGGUGAUCAAGGUGAUACUGGACUUCCUGAACUCCAGGAAGCUGCACAUCAGCAUGCUGGCCUUAGAGAAGGAGAGCGGCGUCAUCAAUGGACUCUACUCUGAUGACAUGCUCUUCCUCAGACAACUCAUUCUGGACGGCCAAUGGGAGGAGGUGAUGCAGUUCAUUCAACCUCUCGAAGGAAUGGACAAGUUUGACAAGAAAAGGUUUCGCUACAUCGUUCUGAAGCAGAAGUUUCUGGAAGCUCUGUGUGUAAAUAAUGCUAUGUCUGCUGCUGAAGACCCUCAUAAUCUUGAGCUCACCAUGCAAGCGGCAGUCAAGUGCCUCCACAGUCUGGAGGAGUACUGUCCGACCAAGGAUGACUACAGCAAGCUGUGUCUCCUCCUCACCCUGCCGCGCCUCACCUCCCAUGCAGAGUUCAAAGACUGGAAUCCAAGCACGGCACGUGUCCAUUGUUUUGAAGAAGCCUGUGCUAUGGUAGCUGAGUUCAUCCCCGCGGACAGGAAGCUGAGCGAGGCGGGCUUCAGGGCCAGUGGAAAUCGCCUGUUCCAGCUGCUCAUCAAAGGGAUUCUCUACGAGUGCUGUGUCGAAUUCUGUCAGAGUAAAGCAACUGGUGAGGAGAUCACAGAGGGCGAGGUGUUGCUCGGUGUGGAUUUGCUCUGCGGGAACGGCUGUGAUGAACUGGACUUGUCGCUGCUCUCUUGGCUGCAGAAUGUCUCUCCGGGUGCCUUCUCCUGCGCCUUCCAGCAAAAGACCCUCAACAUCCAUGUGGAGCGUCUGGUGAAGCCCAGCAAGGCCGGCCACACCGACCUCCUCACUCCAUUAAUCAACCGCCUGUCCCCCUGCCCUACCUCCCCCUUCCACCAGAGGCCUCAUUCUGCCGACACCUACAUGUCAAGAUCCCUCAACCCGGUUUUGGACGGCCUGUCCUAUGGUCUGGCAGCCCAGGACAAGAGAGGCAUGGAGGCCAACAUGAAGGCCGCCCUCAGUCGGAGCCUCGUGGAGAACAAUGUGCAUCAGCAGGACGAUUCGCCUGAAAAGAAGCACUCACACGUGCUGGAUGGACCCAACCCCUCACGCACACCUCUGACCCCUGGGAAAGAUGGCGGGCCACCCUGCAGCACAGAAACAAAUGAGGGGCACUAUCGCCCUCCAGCCCCCUGUUCCAGGGACGAGGUCAUGGACACUGGAGGCAGAUCAUCUGGUGCGAUCACACCCAACAUGGCCGGCUGCUUUCAUCAUCGUUCAUCUUUAUGCACCCCAGAUCCCAUCCAGAGAAGCAAACGUUCGGACUCCACAGGGCACAUCCAGGAGUAUUACAGGCAGCGUCUCCGUGUGCAGCAGCAUCUGGAGCAGAAGCAGCAGCAGAGACAGCUUUACCAGCAGAUGCUGCUGGAGGGAGGCGUGAAGCCGCAGGAUGGAGCCCAAAGCAACCUCACUGAGACCUUCCUUAGUAGAUCUAUUCAGAAGUUGGAGGAGAUGAAUGUGGGCAUAGACCCCAGAGGAGAUGAGGUCAUGACCGGGAGCACCAGCACAUCCAGUCCCAGAACCACCAACACCUCCCACACACCAGACACUGGGCCACCAAGGGAAAAGCCAGGUGGAGGGGCCAGCAGCACCCCGUUAAGGACCGGGAGCCACAGCUUGCAUUUCCUCAGCGAGUCCCCAGUUCCUGCCAGUCAGAGUAGAUCUUAGUUACAAAUAUAUUUGUCUAAACUUGUGCAGCUGGGGAAAUCCAAAGCCCAGUUUGUGAAGGUGAACCAGCUGGAGGACACUCAGGCUGUCCGUGCAGUGGCCUUCCAUCCCUAUGGAGCGCUCUAUGCUGUGGGCUCCAACUCAAAAACCCUGAGAGUCUGUGGCUACCCAGAGACACUGAACAUCAGUGGUUGCGGUGCAGUCAAACAGCCAGUGGUACGCUUCAGGAGGAACAAGCACCACAAGGGCUCCAUCUACUGUGUCGCCUGGAGCCACUGUGGACAGCUGUUGGCUACUGGCUCCAAUGACAAAUACGUCAAAGUCCUGCCAUUCAAUGCAGAGAGCUGCAAUGCCACAGGCCCAGACCUGGAGUUCAGCAUGCAUGACGGUACCAUAAGGGACCUGGCCUUCAUGGAGGGGCCUGAGAGUGGAGGAUCCAUCUUGAUCAGUGCGGGGGCCGGAGACUGCAACAUCUACACAACAGACUGUCAGAGAGGACAGGGCCUCCACGCCCUGAGUGGUCAUACUGGUCACAUUCUCACUCUGUACACGUGGGGAGGGUGGAUGAUCGCCUCCGGCUCCCAGGACAAGACGGUGCGCUUCUGGGACCUGCGUGUGCCGAGCUGUGUCCGGGUUGUGGGCACAACUCUGCACGGCUCAGGAAGUGCAGUUGCUUCAGUGGCGGUGGAUCCCAGCGGCCGCCUGCUGGCCACGGGUCAGGAGGACACUACCUGCAUGUUGUAUGACAUCAGAGGGGGCCGCAUGGUUCAGACAUACCGCCCUCACAGCAGCGACGUCCGCUCGGUGCGCUUCUCACCUGGAGCACAUCAUCUUCUCACCGGCUCUUAUGACAACAAAGUUAUCAUCAGUGACCUUCAAGGUGACCUAACAAAGCCCCUCCCCCAGACAGUGGCAGGGGAGCACGGGGACAAGGUGAUCCAGUGUAGGUGGCACCCCAAAGACCGGACCUUCCUCUCCUCCUCCGCAGAUCGAACUGUCGUCCUGUGGGCACCAGGCCCCUGAGCUGUUGCCUGGGGAAACACUGCUUAACAGCAGCAGGAAGCAGGAAGCACAAGACCAGUGUCCACACUUCCCCGCAUGGAUCGCUAACUGCUGUGGUGUACUUUGUCGUUUAUGUACACAUACCGUGAGCAUCGAGCUGUCUAUUAUAUGCUGCUCAGUUAACAGUUGAGGAAACAUGGAUUUUUAGCGUUAUGUUUUAUUUUCAGAUUCCGUGUGAGGUUCAGUGUGUGUGUGUGUGUG